AUGCCCGGUUUGUGGCUCGCCCUCUCCCAUUUCUUCUUUACAACGCCGGUAACAGGGUCUCUACCCUUUACGCCCUACCUCGUGCACGAAUAUGGGCCUGCAGUGAUUGCUGAUGCAAUAAUCAGAGGUGACGUGUCGUGUCCUGAAUCUGGGCCACAUUCCAUUCAAUGGGAUGAUUUAAACGUCUCCCCUGAGAGACCAGAUCGAAAUCAGGAGCUUUCGUGGGUCGGAAUCACUGCUGCAGGAAUUCAACUCUUCACGACAAACCACGUCGAACGAGCCCGAUACACAUUUCCUUGGAAUAUCAUCAAAAAUGUAUCCUACCGGGAACGCAAGUUCACUCUCAAACUCAACAUGGUUUGGCGUCCGCACAAGAAAUCGUUCGUAAGUUCAGCGGCUCCAUUGUCAUCCAGUGCAGGAGGUCGUGGGGUAAGCACGACUCAGGACCAGCACACAUCAGGACAUUCCCCAAGUUCUGGAUUGACGCCGAGGGAAGUGCGUGAGGGGUCUCCGAGCACUCCAGGAAGCCCAGUGUCUGGGAAAAGGGCACCGGCAAGGCCUCCUUUGCCACCUCCCCCCGCUUCUUACUUUUCCUCCCAGUCUGGGAAAUAUCUCUCCGCAACUUCGCCCUCUCCUUCGCAUAUUCUACGUGGGCACUUGGUUAGAGCAAGGAGCCGUGAAAGACCUUUACCCUCACCAGGAGGUUAG